AUGGUGAGAAUGAUAAGAAAGGACAUCCCUGUAACGGGAGGAGAACCCUCAGACUGCUUUGUGGUAAUGGAGGUGUAUUGUCCUGUCUCAGUGUGGGUGUCUGUCUCUGGGGCCCAGGCUGUGAAUGGGCUGAGGAGUGACAGAAGCAUCACGGGUGGCUAGAGAGGGAAAGCCCACCGCUGACUGACAGGACUGGACUGAUCUGUGGUGGUGAGGGCCUCUCUCUCAGCAACUCCUCUCUCCCAGGAGAGAUACAAGGUUUACAGAGAGAGAAAGAGAGGGAUAGGGCCACCUACCAUCUCUCACUCUUCACUAGCAAAGAUAUCAGGGCCUGAAAGGAGACAUCUCAGCUGCCUUGCUUUCAGGUCCAAUACUCUCUUUGGUUCCACAGCUGCUCUGUGUUGGGGUGUAGUUUUACUCAACUGUGACAGCCAGUAAGUAGCACUGUAAUCCACUUUGUGUGACGGUGGCGGUGAUCUGGUAUUAUUUCACAGCAGGUUGUAGAUGUAUAGAUCUGUCAGCCUGGCCAUGCUGUGUGAGAACAUAGAAAUAUAAUUACUAGACCGAGACAUUCCCAUUCAAGUCAAUGUUUUAACAUCCUAUUUCUAUGUGUGAGAACAACCAACCCCCUCUGGCUCUACCCCCUCUUAGGGAAGACCCCCAGCCCAGUGCCCCCUAGCGAGAGGAGAGCAGUCGCAGUAUGCCCUGUGGGCACCACCACCUGUGCCAGUGUGCCCAUCAUCAGGGCCCUGUGGCAGGCUGGCAGCCCUCUCCAGUUACCCUCCCAGCCCCAGAGCCUGACCUCACCCCCAAUGGGAUAUAUAAAGAUUUGUUCUCUAAAGGUUGAACACUGUCCUCACCACCGGGCCUGGAAACCAGUUACCCACUACUACCACCGAGCCCAGCAUCUUCCUACUUCACCCCUGCACCCCUCCGUCCUUACCCCUAGGAGGAUGGGGGAGAGGGCUUACUCAGGCCUGCGGUGUUAAGGUGGCCAACAGUGGAGCCAGCACAUAUCUCACAUGCUGCUGGAGUGAAAAGUGGACAGGCAGGCAGCCAUCAGAAAGAGCCGUUAUGAGUUGGAGUAAUCACAACUGAGCUGUGGUUGGCUGAGACUUAGAAGGACUGGUAAUGGUAAAGGCUGCAUUACGAUAAUGAAGACUGAGAUUGAUCGUUUGUGUCAAGAGAUUAUACAUGUGAAUGGAAGAAUAUAAACUAUUAGGCAAGGUGGGUUAGUGAGCGUUCCCUUCUCUGGAUCUCUCAGUGUUGGUUUGUCUGUCGGUGCUCAAUCUUUACCUCCCUUCCUCCCUCUCUCUCUGGCAGUGUGAGUGUCUGUCCUCUGAGCCCCUCAGGCCACUAGGUCUCUCACAUGACCAUGCAUCUGUCACAAGAGCUUAGAACAACAGUCAGUGGGUUAAUAGGCCCAAUUACACUAGAUUGCUGCUGCCUUUUCACUCCCAGGGAAUGACAGCUAUAUCCAUCAGUCUGAGAGCAGAGGAGAUAAGAGGAGAGCCUCACUUUCUCGGCAAGGGAGUUAACUUCCUCCUUCAGUCAACAACACACACACACAUUCAAGCACAUCACAGGCCUGGUGUUACCGCUGUCACCCCCUCUAAUGCUCUUAAAGUCUUUAAACCUGAGGGGAUGAUACUUUCAACCAACUGCCUUCUGAUAAGGUUACUGACAUAGACUCUUCAGUAAGUUAAUAUUACAAGUACACACAAACACACACACACACACACACACACACACACACACACUUGCACAGCGCUAAUACUACACACACACGUUAUCACUAAUACAUACAUCAAGGAAUAUCCUCUUACAUUACAUCCAUGUCCAUUACAUGAAUUUGUUAAUUUAUGACAUUGAUGGAUUACAUGAGCUACAGUUUCAGCUUUUAUGGCUUUUCCACUUUCCAUAUCUUGCCCUUUGCCUGAUCAUCAUCUCAGGUCGUUAAUGCUGGGGUGUGCCUUACUACCGAGGAAUACAUGUAUCUGUGUGGUAUUCACACUGAAACACAACAUGUGUCACACUCUUCCCAAGACGCAUAUCCAGAAUAGCUAUCCUGUGCUCUCUCUUACCCACGGCUUUAUUUCUGUUUAGCUUCCAUUCGUCCGCAGUUAACAACUUUGGGCCGCCAGUAGGGUGUAACCCACACCCCUCUGGCCCUGCAUUUAGAGCCCUGCUGACAUGAUGGAGCACAGCCGGGCCAGCAGGGGCCAGCCAGGGGACCCUCCAUCACUGUCAGGCCCAGCAGAGGCCCCUUGUCCUGGGCAUGUAGGACAUGCAUGCCUGGGUGAAGUGUGCACAUAGCUGUGGGUGCUCCGGGACACUCUAGAGACGUGGAUAAGGAUUCAGAGGCAUGAUGUUACCGCUGUCACCCCCUCUAAUGCUGUUAAAGUCUUUAAACCUGAAGAGAUGAUGCUGUCUGCAGGAUUCUCUGGCUGCCUGCUUUGGCACAGACCGCCAGAUGAGGCCAACCAACUGCCUUCUGAUAAGGUUACUGACAUAGACACUUUAGGAAGUUGAUAUUACAAGUACAAGCUACUAGUUGUUUGGCUUACAGUGGUUGGCCUUGUAAACAUUUGAGUGAUCUGUCUGACAUUAAAGCAGCAGUGAAAGUGUAGUAGGGCUGGGAAUUGCCAGGGACCUCACGAUACGAUAUUAUCACGAUACUUAUACGAUAUGUAUUGCGAUUCUCACGAUUCUAUAUGUAUUGCGAUUCGAUACUGCGAUUUUUUUUUUGUUGUUGUUGCGAUUUGAUGUUUCAAACAUAUUGCUCACUAUAUUUCUGCUGCAGAGAGACGAGGGAUCAUGAGAAAAUUAGUUUUGAUCAGUCAUGAAAAUAAAGUGCUGAAAAAAUGUUGGCUCACUAUUUUAAAAGUUUUGGCGCAGGUACAGACGACUAGCGCUAGCUAACGCUACCUAGCAAAAAAAUUAUAAUAAUAGUAUACAGUAUAUACAGUAUACUGAACAAAAAUAUAAAUGCAACAUAUAAAGUGUUGGUCCCAUUUUUUCAUGAGCUGAAAUAAAAGAUUUGAGGGAGCGCGCAAUUGGCAUGCUGGCUGCAUGAAUGUCCACCAGAGCUGUUGCCAGAGAAUGUAAUGUUUGUUUCUCUACCAUUAGCUGCCUCCAACGUUGUUUUAGAGAAUUUGGCAAUACGUCCAACCGGCCUCACAACCGCAGACCACGUGUAGCGAUGCCAGCCCACUGUUGAAAAUAUUAAUGUAUGAUUAAGAUAAAUGUAAUAAACUCUAUUGAAUGAAAACUCGACGAGAAAAUCUGUUGGCCAGCAAAUGAGAGAGUUUUCCAGUGGUUGAAUUAAAUGUAUUCAGCCAGCGCAAGCGAACCACGCCUUCAAAGCCCCUUACACGCCUGCAUAAGGUAACUCUGAGUACCAACCUGUAGCGGUGUGUGGGUAAAAUCACUGGGGAUGCCAAUCCAGGAACAAAUUCCAUAUUACAACCUAUUUCUUGUGAUAAUUGCGUUGUUUGCUCUAUAACCUGUUAGUUCAUAUGCCUUGAAACCAUGAUAUAUAGGUCUAAGGCAUUUUCGGACUACUAAACAACUAUUGAUUUAGAACCACAGAGAGUUACCUCAAGUCGCAAAGAAAACAUACGCUGCCUCCAUUAUUCCAGCACCAUUUCAACAUCAUCUAAUCACCUAUGCUUAGUCUAAAACAGUGACAACUAAAAGAUACCAAAAACUAUUUAGUCCAAUCAACGUAAGCUAAAUAUGUCUGUCCAUGGUACGGAUUUCUGUGUGUGUGUGUGUGUGUGCGUGCAAGUAGAAAAAACAUGUUGACUCACCCUACUUGUAGAGAAACGCCAAUGCCAUCCUCCUCUUUCAUGUUGCCUAAACGGUCUGUGACUCUGUCAUACAGUACACGCUUUUAGUUUUUGUUGUCCUAGGCUACCUGCCAAAAAAUCUUGCUCGCUAGCCUACCUUCCUUUCUUGGACAAAAAUGUGCCAGGCCAGCUAGUUAACAUUAGCCUACUACAUCUAGCUACAUGUUGAACUUCCAUCCUCUCAGGCCAGGGGCACAAUAUAUACAUUUAUGGUUGGAUCAGAAUCGCCGUUAUAAUCAUUGGCCAGUACGGAGAAUUAAGUAAAACCACAAGUCCAAAUCCCUAUCUCCAUCCAUGGCUAAUUUAGGAAAGGGACGAUUUUAGCUAAUGGCCAUGUACUCUUAUAAUCUCCACCCGGCACAGCCAGAAGAGGACUGGCCACCCCUCAGAACCUGGUUCCUCUCCAGGUUUCUUCCUAGGUUCCUGCCUUCCUAGGGAGUUUUUCCUAGCCACCGUGCUUCUAUGUCUGCAUUGCUUGCUGUUUGGGGUUUUAGGCUGGGUUUCUGUAUAGCACUUUGUGACUGCUGAUGUAAAAAAGGCUUUAUAAAUACAUUUAAUUGAAUUCUGAUUGAAAUUUGAUUGAGAUAGCUACUCUAGCUAGCCACCGGAGGACAACGACACAACGAGAUGCAACAAUUCAAGUUUUCUGUCAAUGACGUAUGGCUUCUGAUGUGAUGUGAUUGGUGUGAAUCCAAAUCCAAACUGGCUUUUUUUGGGUGCGCCAGGUCCAUUCACAACUGAGCUCACUCAGUUUAGCUCAACGCUGAUUGGCUAUUAUUUUAGAAUGUUUUAAUCAAGGGAGGCCAAAUGCUCACUUGCUUCCAUUGCAUUCAAUGCUACGGGCGGCAACAAUGUCAUACUCUUUUUGACCAGACAGCAUCAGAUAGAUGGGCUACACAUACUGAGACAGAGGGGCGCUGUUUCGUUCGUUCUGAUAUUUUCUCUGGUGAGAUACAUUCAGCCUCUUGCGAAUUGAAGGACAUUUCAGAAACACAGAGAGACUAAAGAUACAUUAUAAAAAUAAAUUAACAAUUAUUGGUACUUUUUUGGGGGAAGCCUGGCUUCCCUUGGCAGCCAUGAAUACAUGCCACUGAUACCAACUACUGAGAAGUGCGUAGAAAAGUCAUAUAUUUCGUAAGUUUAUAGAAUAGUGUUUCUGCAGUAGAAUAAAUUAUUCAGAGUGCCUCUGAAAACACAGAGUAGUUAAAGAUCUCCCCAGACCCCUCGGCAUGGGGGUCUCUGAUUAUAAUUACUGUUAACACAGAAGACAAAUGCGAAAUGGAAUUUUCUCUUCGAGGAGGGCCGGGCUGUAGUCAGUGGUAUUCAGCGCUGUGUGUACUUUAAUUGAUUUGAAACAGCUUUCCUGGGUUUUAUUUGUCUGAUUUUGGAGGGGGAAGCGGGAUAGGCGGAGUGGUUGGAAAUGGAAGGUGUCGGGGAAAAAAGAAUGGCAGUCUCUCGAAACAACACAACCAUUGUUUAAGUGCAUAAUUGUUGGACCAGCUGGAAGGCGAGAAGUGGAGAGAACAAACGGCCACGAUCUCGUCUAGACUGCAUUCAUCUGUUUCUUAUGGUUGUGACUGAUCCCUGAAGUGCAGUGCAGUCCUUGCGGAGCGUUGUGUUGGUUGGCUGCAACUCUAAGCAGGAUUCAGAGUGAUGUGUUACCCCUGAAGCAAUGUUACUGACAGACUGAGUGAGUGGUGCAGAAUCUGCUAGUGAUGCCAAGAGAAAGAAAAGGAAAGAUAUACAGAGAGAGAGGAGAUAGAUAUAGGGAAUAGAAAGAGAGAGAGAGACCGAGAGAGAGGGAGUGAGAGAGAGAGAUAGAUAGAGAGGGAUGAGAGAGAGAGAGAGACAGAGAGAGAGGGAGUGAGAGAGAGAGGGGAGAGAGAGAGAGAGAGAGAGAGAGAGAGAGAGUGAUGCAGAGAGAGAAGAGGAGAGGAGAGAGAGAGGAGAUGAGAGAGGAGAGUGAAGAGAGAGGACAGAGGUAUAGAGAGGCGAGAGAGAAGAGGAUAGAGAUAGAGUAGAGAGAGAUAGAAAGAAGAGUAGGGAUGAGAAAGCAGGACGAGAGAGAGAUGACCGAUCGAGCCUGAUCGUAUAGUGUAUUACUAGAUGAGAUGAGAGACUGAAAGGUUGAUGCAGAGUAGAUGAGUGAGAAGCAGCAUACGAGAGAUUAGAUGUAGAGGAUUUGAAUAGGAGUGAAUAGAAGACGAGGAUCGAACGACUAGUAGAGUACGAGAUUGACUGAAGUAGACAGAGAGCUAGACGAAUAGAGGAUCGAGAUGCAGAUCCUCGAGAAGUUGGGAUUGCAGCUACGAGAGUGAUGCGUUUCCUAGCGACAGAGUACGACGUUUUUCAUCCUGCGUAGCAAGACUCUCUAUUACGCUACCCACCGACCUGUGAGUGCUAUUAGAAAGUGGCUGGACGAGAAAAGAGAAUAUACAACAGUGUUUCCCCUAGCGAGCAAGUAGCACCUGUUUUCUUCCACCUCUCAGCACAGCACUCUCUAGUUACUCUAACCAACCGAGCUCUUGGCUUUAUGGAUGGCUGUCACUUGUUUUUUAUUGGAAAAAGAAAUAUACACAGUUAAAUGAAAAUGAUCACCUUCCCUCUAGCUUGCUAUCUCUGGUCUUUGAACCCUACGCCUAAGUGUUUUAGAGAAUGUUUAGUGCCCUCUGUGAACCAUGAGGGCCAUACUCAGUAGGAGCACACCGGCUGCUGCUGCUAACAUGGCGUUUCACCCUCUGAUGACUGUUGCAUGCUGGGAGUUUGACACUGAGCAGGCUAGACUGUUUGGUAUCCUCUGAGGCUCCUGUCUCUUGCAUCAUGGAGUUUAGAUAAGAAUACAUAGUCUCUUAGCUUCACUUCAGCUCUCAUCAUCGUCUUCCCUCACUGUGUCUCUCAGACCAAAAUCUAUCCCCGGGCUAGCCUGAUGCCCAAUCUGUUUGUACUCUCUUGUCAACUCUUAUGAUCAUUGUCACGCCAAAGGAGUUGGUAAGACCGCACAAACAGAUCUGGGACUAGGCUAUCCCCGGGCCAGUGGAGAGACAGACUUAGUGAAGAGGUCCAUCCGGACAUUUGGGGCAGAUAGCUCAUAGCUAGGCUGCUUGUUGGUUUUGUGUGAUUGAAGCGAUGUAACCCCUGACUCCAUUGGAUCCUGUGGGUGAAGGGAUGACGUGUGGGUUAAGAAUGUGUGAUGGGGCUAUUUAGGGGAGGAAUGGGACAGAGAGACGGGGAGAAGGGGACAGGGACAGAGUGUUGGGAUGUCCCAGAGGUCUGUACCCCUAUAAAUCUGUCAGGACGGUCUCCAGGCAUAGGACUCAUUCUGUCCAACCCCAAUGGGCUACACCACACUGUUGCAAACAGUGCUAAAAUAAUGCUGAAAUGCUAGUCCCCUCACUCACCCUUUUUCCUAGUAUUGCAUUCUCUAUUUUGUUUAUUAAACAUCCAUACCCCCCUCUUCCAAUGUAGUCCCUGUGGCAGCAGUGGGGGUGUAGUUAAUGUUCUGUAAGUGGUUAGAGGGGGCUCACUCCUGGAUAAUGAGUGGUGCUCUUAAGCCCCUCACCCCUGUCCCCAGACACCACGUCAUAAUGAAGGGCUUUUCUGCUUUUCUCUGCUCAACCACCACCCGGCUGACCCCACUCUGUAAGCCCCACAGUUCCCCUGAGCCUUAAAUCCAGCCCUUGGCAUCACCACCACCUCUAACCGUAAUAAAUAAAUAAAUAACCUCCAACAGGCCUCAUUCAUUUAUUUCCCAUUCUAAUGUGAUAUAAACCAGCACAUUCAUGGGACCACCACCCCACUACUACAUAAAAACAGAAGAUAAUGACAUGUUGGGAAACAGCAGGGCUGGUUCUUGUAAGGAACCAACAUUGGGGGUGGAUUUGUUUCCAAGGAUCAAGGAGCCUGACAAAUUACCCCUCAUGGGAGGAGGUGGACACAUCUCCUCCUCCUCCCCUCCUCCCCGCCCCAGGAGUCUUCAUUACGAGGAGAAGAGACACCUUCUUUUCAACGUUUCCUAUUAGCACAUUCUCAAAACAAGCCCAGGGACCUCAGGGGGAAAGAAAGGAGGAAGCUCUCCCUCCAUCUGUCCAUCUGUUAAGCCAGGGAUGUUUUCUAUCUAGAAGGAAUGGUGAUGGCGUGUGUGAGUGGAGCUGAUUGGCGUGGACUAUGACAUGGAUCUGGUCUGAGGAUGGACGGACACUGACUGGUGUUAGUGUGAGUUAGGGCCAGCCUGAGUGGUGUGAGUCAGUACCAUAUUAAACUACAGAAAACAGACAUUGUGUACAUUUUAUGGAAAGCUAAGCUGGCCUUGUUGACGUUUUAGAAUCAAACAUUUUGCGGAGGAUUUUUCUGCUGGAUUUCCCUUCCCAUUGUAUUUAAUAGGUAUUAUAAAGCCCAGGGAUCAUCAACUAGAUUCAGCCGCUGGCCGGUUUUUUUCUUGAGCGGAUGGUCAGGGGGCCGGAACAUAAUUACAAAUUAUUUGUAGACUGCAAGCCCAAACAGAUAAUACAUUUGACUAAAACAUAAUAAUUUCAAACCUUGCUUAUAUUUGUAUACGAUCACAUACAGUGUAUCUCUCUAUUAUGCGUGGGAAUACUUUGGAAUAGAUUUCCAAAAUGAAAAUCACUUGAAGCUGAUUUCCUGAUGUAUUUACAGUCUUUCAUGUAAAAAACAAAAACAAAAAUAACUUUUUUUUGUUGUUGCUCAGAAUACUUAGGGGGUCCAAAUGAAAUCUGACAGUUGGUGAAAUUGAUAUAGGCUAUGUUGAAAUGUUGUAAUGAUCUUACAAAGUGUGCUAGUUCAGACGGAUACACUUUAUCUGCAAAGUGUGUGUCUUUUCUUUUCUCCCACUGACAGAUGUCUGGCCCUGUCUCAUCUCUCCAGGGAGCAGUGGUCAAUAGCUGUUACAGCAGAUAAUAGAUAUUGAUCCCCUGGUCUAUCUGCAGCUGGUCAGGCAUUAUCUGGCCUGACCCCUAAUGUCAUGGUGUCACAUGUGCCUUGGUGCUUAAAUCCCUGUUUAACAUUCUACUGCUAAUGGAUGGCCUUUGUAUGGAGCCUGAGAGAGAGGCAGGCGGGGAGGCAGGUGACCAGGCGUUGUCUGCGCUCUCUCUGUAGGCUGGCUCUCUGUCAUAUUACUGCUAGGCCGGUCCCUGGGGCCUCUGGGUAUUCCUCUAUGAGGCCGGGGGCCCCUGGGACCAGCCUAGCUGUAAUACUACAGAGAGAGCCACCUCAGAGGCCUUAGCCUGCUAUAAUGGCGCUCCAGAGGGCUGCCUGCCUCACUGCCACGGCCCUGGGGAACCAGCCCAAUCAUCAGCUCUGCAGAGAUUUAGCCAGUGUGUGUGUGUGCGUGCGUGUCCCCAGAAGCCCAGAGAGAAAAGUUAAUUACUGGUUGUGUAUGCACUGUCAUCCCCCAUGAGUCUCCCUGGUCCUGCUCCAGCUCAUACACCAUGCAGAGAGCUGACUGCUGAUGCUACAGCACAGUGUCUGUCUGAGUAGGACCUACCUGCCAUGUACAAGCACUGUAGAGGGGCUCUGUUUAGGUCCUGUAUAUGGUAUUAUCAAUUGACUUUAUCAAUGGACUGUUCUGUAGAAAUAAGAAGAGUUUGUCUAGUGUUUGGAAGCACUUUUGGAGUUCUUAUUUGUUGGAGUGAGCAGCCUGUGUGAUUCAAUAUGAACUGUGUAUGUGACUGAAGUACUGACCAGUCUCUCUUUUUGUGUUUCCAUCUCUCUGUCCACAGUUCCAGAUUUCAGCGUCGAUGCAGCCUCAACCAAUGACAGCCAGGAGCGUGGCGGCCUGGGCCUCUCCAAGGUGUCAGGCCUAGAGCGCAGCCAGGAGAAGAGCCUGGAAAGCUGCAGGGACACCCUCGUGCCUCCCCCCGCGCCCAGUGCUCCCAAGCAGCCCCUACUUCCGCAGCCCCGCGCGGCUGCCUGCCCCCUGCCUCUGUCCCUACCCACAUCCCAGGCCCAGCCCUCUCCCCCCGGGUCCCGUCUGGCCCAGGCACCGGUCCACCAGCCCCCACGCUCCGAGGCUUCCCUCAGGCCUCAGAUCCCCGAAGCCCUGCCUCUCGCUCAGGGCCAAGAGCCCUCUCAGGCCCCCCCACAACGGCCCCAGCACCAGCCUGAGCCCCUGUCCCACCCGCGGCCUCUGCCCACCCCCAGCCUGCACCCACACCCCCCGUCCCCCGCGCUACCGGCCCACCACCCCAACCAGAGCCAGGCCGGGCUUCACCGAUCCCCCUCACGCUGUGGGCCACACCCUCGCCCCCUGUCUGCCUACAGCAACAGCCUUAGCCUCAACGGCCUCAGGUGAGUCCCAAGUCUAUUUACACCAAGAUACUGUAGGCCUGUUUCUGUCUGUUUAUUUUCUAGUGAAUUUAUGUUCUCUUUUGUUUGUGUGCUGUUUUGAUAUUGUGUAAUGCAAAAAGAAGACCCUUUGAGACUCUGAUCUUAUGUCAGCAUGUAAAUGAUUGGCAAGAUCAAACCUUGAAUUAGUAUUGCGCUGAAACCCUCCAGCCAAACCACAUCACUGACUCUCACUAGGGUGGUUAAACCACUGCCACUCCAGCUGAGCGAUAAGUGCUUGGAUUUAUUAACCACCCACAUUGUCAUCUGCUGCUAGUAGCCUGCAGCUCUCUACCUACCAGUCACAGCUCUUUACCCAUCUCUAUGGGUCAGCUAGCUGUUCCACCAACCAUAGUCAAGCAGCAGUGAGCCAUGUAUGUUAGAAUACUGUGCAUUAAUUCAGAGCUCCAGGAUAGCCCCCCCAGAGCUCCAGUCAGCCCCAGUCCCAGCGAAGGCUCUCCCGCUCAGGGAGGAGCUGGCUCUGUGUCUGGCUCCCUCUACCAGUGUGCCAGUGUGCUAGUCAGUGUGCCAACAGGUCUGGCAGCCGCUGUGAAUAAUCACAGGGUGGUUACAGAGACAGGCGGCAGCUGCAAAUGAGCUUUUGGGCUUAGCUUGUUAAGAUACUGCUACAUGGCUCUGAGUCUCGGAGGGAGAAACCCACACACAACAAAAGUCUCUGCCUGGUCUCCUCCUUUCUCUGUCCUUUUUUAUGCAUGUACCUCUGGAGCUGCUUAAAGGGAUACUUCAGGAUUUUGGCAAUGAGGUUCUUUAUCUACUUCCCCAGAGUCAAAUGAACUUGUGGAUACCAUUUGUAUGUCUCUGUGUCCAGUAUGAAGGAAGUUAGCAGUAGUUUGAUAAUGAUAACUAGUGUUACCCAUAGACUUCCAGUCAUUGCUCUAUCUACUAGCAUGCGAGCAGAUACCCAUAGACUUCCAGUCUUCAUUGCACCAACGCUAGUAGGAUUGGCUCGCGAAACUACCGCUAACUUCCUUCAUACUGGACACAGAGACAUAAAAACGGUCUACACUAGUUCAUCUGGCUCUGGGGAAGUAGAUAAAGGACCUCAUUGCCAAAAUCCCGAAGUAUCCCUUUAACUAGAGAAGUGUUCAAACACAGAUGCUGUUCUAUAAUGUUUGCCAGUGGUGGUUAUUUGCACUUAUAAACUGGGUGGUUUGAGCCCUGAAUGCUGAUUGGCUGACAGCCGUGGUAUAUCAGACCCUAAACUAUGGGUACGACAAAACAUUUAUUUUAACUGUUCUAAUUACGUUGGUAACCAGUUUAUAAUAUCAAUAAGUCACCUCGGGGGUUUGUGAUACAGUGGGGGAAAAAAGUAUUUAGUCAUCCACCAAUUGUGCAAGUUCACCCACUUAAAAAGAUGAGAGAGGCCUGUAAUUUUCAUCAUAGGUACACGUCAACUAUGACAGACAAAAUGAGAAAACAAAAUCCAGAAAAUCACAUUGUAGGAUUUUUUAUGAAUUUAUUUGCAAAUUAUGGUGGAAAAUAAGUAUUUGGUCAAUAACAAAAGUUUCUCCAAUACUUUGUUAUAUACCCUUUGUUGGCAAUGACACAGGUCAAACGUUUUCUGUAAGUCUUCACAAGGUUUUCACACACUGUUGCUGGUAUUUUGGCCCAUUCCUCCAUGCAGAUCUCCUCUAGAGCAGUGAUGUUUUGGGGCUGUCGCUGGGCAACACAGACUUUCAACUCCCUCCAAAGAUUUUCUAUGGGGUUGAGAUCUGGAGACUGGCUAGGCCACUCCAGGACCUUGAAAUGCUUCUUACGAAGCCACUCCUUCGUUGCCCGGGCGGUGUGUUUGGGAUCAUUGUCAUGCUGAAAGACCCAGCCACGUUUCAUCUUCAAUGCCCUUGCUGAUGGAAGGAGGUUUUCACUCAAAAUCUCACGAUACAUGGCCCCAUUCAUUCUUUCCUUUACACGGAUCAGUCGUCCUGGUCCCUUUGCAGAAAAACAGCCCCAAAGCAUGAUGUUUCCACCCCAUGCUUCACAGUAGGUAUGGUGUUCUUUGGAUGCAACUCAGCAUUCUUUGUCCUCCAAACACGACGAGUUGAGUUUUUACCAAAAAGUUCUAUUUUGGUUUCAUCUGACCAUAUGACAUUCUCCCAAUCCUCUUCUGGAUCAUCCAAAUGCACUCUAGCAAACUUCAGACGGGCCUGGACAUGUACUGGCUUAAGCAGGGGGACACGUCUGGCACUGCAGGAUUUGAGUCCCUGGCGGCGUAGUGUGUUACUGAUGGUAGGCUUUGUUACUUUGGUCCCAGCUCUCUGCAGGUCAUUCACUAGGUCCCCCCGUGUGGUUCUGGGAUUUUUGCUCACCGUUCUUGUGAUCAUUUUGACCCCACGGGGUGAGAUCUUGCGUGGAGCCCCAGAUCGAGGGAGAUUAUCAGUGGUCUUGUAUGUCUUCCAUUUCCUAAUAAUUGCUCCCACAGUUGAUUUCUUCAAACCAAGCUGCUUACCUAUUGCAGAUUCAGUCUUCCCAGCUUGGUGCAGGUCUACAAUUUUGUUUCUGGAGUCCUUUGACAGCUCUUUGGUCUUGGCCAUAGUGGAGUUUGGAGUGUGACUGUUUGAGGUUGUGGACAGGUGUCUUUUAUACUGAUAACAAGUUCAAACAGGUGCCAUUAAUAUAGGUAACGAGUGGAGGACAGAGGAGCCUCUUAAAGAAGAAGUUACAGGUCUGUGAGAGCCAGAAAUCUUGCUUGUUUGUAGGUGACCAAAUAUUUAUUUUCCACCAUAAUUUGCAAAUAAAUUCAUUACAAAUCCUACAAUGUGAUUUUCUGGAUUUUUUUUCCUCAAUUUGUCUGUCAUAGUUGACGUGUACCUAUGAUGAAAAUUACAGGCCUCUCUCAUCUUUUUAAGUGGGAGAACUUGCACAAUUGGUGGCUGACUAAAUACUUUUUCCCCCCACUGUAUAUGGCCAAUAAACCAUGGCUAAGAGCUGUGUCCAUGAAAUCUGCGUUGCGUCAUGCCUAAGAACAGCCAUUAGCCGUGGUAUAUUUGCCAUAUACCACACCCCCUCGGGCCUUAUUGCUUAAUUGAGAGUGUUUUGAAGGUAGUGUUUUAAUACAUCCUGAGAUUCAGUGAAGAGUAUCUUGAGGAAAAUGAGAUGCGAAACCUUUCUGUCUGUUAGAGCUUCGUAUUUACUAUAUAUAUGGGGAAGAGUUGACUUAUGUGGAAGUGUUAUAAAAAAAUAAAUAACUCUCUGUCCUUCCCUCUCUCUAGCAGCAGUCAGAGCAGUACCCCGGGCGGUACCAAGCCCCACGGCCCCUCUGGUCCGUCCCCACACCUACCUCACCACUUGCCAUCCGGCUCCGUCGCUGCAGCAGCAGCCACCGCCUUCCCCCUGCCCCUCCCAGCCAAUCAGAUUGCUCCCCACGGCUUCCCCCCCACCCUGCAGUCCUCGCCACACCCCCACCACCCCAAUAUGUUUGCGCCUCCAGCGGUCUUGCCCCCACCUCCGCCACUGACGUCUAGCACCCUGCCGGUCCCCGGAGGACACCCUGCCGCUGGGACACCCUACUCAGGUAGGCACAUGUACCAGGCUGCCCCCACGUGGACAGGCAGGAGAACUGCACCACAACAACAGCUGGCACAAGACACAGAGCAAAGCUGUAAAUUCUCAUGGCUUUUGUAGCAGAAACCAGGUCAUUUGUGGCAUGAGAGGUCCUUAUGUAGCACAAUACGUAUUAAACUGUGACCGGGAGCGAGAGAGAGACGGACAUAAUGUUACCUUGGUGCUAAUUUAUAGGAGACAGAGACUGACGGCUCAGGAUUGCACACGUUAGCUGCACUCUGUGCCAUCUGUUUGUCUAUAAUAGUGCAGUAGAUGCAGACAGGUGUCCUGUCCUUCCCUCUGUCUAUAUUCUGUUGUGUUUGAUUAAUUGAUUGAUUGAUUGAUUGAUUACUCAAACAACACACACUAUUUUUCCAAUCAGGCCAUGUGAUGAAAGUGAUUAUGCCCUCUCCUGUCGUGCCAAACUGUGAUCGAAUGUGAUCAUGAUUUAGUAACGCUAUCGCUAUGAGCAAUUCUCACUUUCACAAGGAAAUGUGUUAAUCUCACCGAAAUCAAUUCAGUCAAUACAGAAUCAUUUUUAUGAAAGCAUGUCAAAUGCAUUAAUCUAUUUCUCCCUAACCUGUUGUGAGCCAGUCAGUUAAUCAACACCUCUGGUCUAAAAUGGGGUUAGAGGUUUUCAUAUAAUUGCAAUAAAGGUGCUGGCUCUUCAAGCAGCAGGCGCCAUUCAGGGAUGUCCUGUGUGACUCCCAUAGUAAAGAGAAUACAUCCUGAACAUCCUGAUUCUCUAUCGUGGUUUUAAUGUGACACGUGCCUAAGACUAUAGAUCCUCUGUAAUGGUUGUACUGUACCUCCAUGGAUAUUGUUACUCUCACUUAAAACAGAUCCUGCCUUUCUAGGGAGUUUUUCCUAGCCAACGUGCUUCUACAUCUCCAUUGCUUGCUGUUUGGGGUUUUAGGCUGGGAUUCUGUAUAGCACUUUGUGACAUCUGCUGAUGUAAAAAGUGCUUUAUAAAUACAUUUGAUUGAAAUUUGAAAGCACAGACACUUUCACUAUCAUGAGUAUUCUUACUCUUCUUCUCCUUAGCUGUUAUAGAACAGAUCCAGCACAGACAAACAGAUACAGGUCCUGACCAUGAGUCUCUUCUUUCCUCUUCUCUCCCUCUCAUUUCUCUCUUCUCCAGAACAAGACCUGCUGCGCCAGGAGCUCAACAACCGUUUCCUCGCCUCGCAGAGCGCCGACCGCGGGGCCUCCCUGGGCCCGCCCCCAUACCUGCGCACCGAGCUCCACCAACACCAGCACCAGCAUCAGCACCAGCACACCCACCAGCACACCCACCAGCACACCUUCACCCCAUUCUCCCACGCCAUCAUGCCAACCCCUGCACCCCCCAUGGUGCGUACCCCAGCCAGAAAUGUGAGGAUAAGUAGAACACCACUCCGGGGUGGGAGGAGAGGGUUGGGGUGGACUGGUGGGUGAGGGGGGUGGGUAAUGAUAACAAUGUUAUCAGGUAGCUUAGUGGUUAAGAGCAUUGUGCCAGUAAUCGAAAGGUCGCUGGUUCUAAUCCCCGAGCCGACUAGGUGAAAUAUCUGUCUGUGCCCUUGAGCAAGGCACUUAACCCUAAUUGCUCAUGUAAGUCAUUCUGGAUAAGAGCGUCUGCUAAAUAUGUAAAAUGUAAUGAUGUUUUAUUUUACUGAGCAUUUACAGUAAAAACCUCAGUGCUUGGUGUAUAUGCAUUAACCAUUUUUUUUAUUUAACUAGGCAAGUCAGUUAAGAACAAAUUCUUAUUUACAAUGACGGCCUACCCCGUCUAAACCUGGACGACGCUGGGCCAAUUGUGCGCCGCCCUAUGGGACUCCCAAUCACGGCCGGUUGUGAUACAGCCUGGAAUCAAACCAGGGUCUGUAGUGACGCCUCUAGCACUCGGGAGCAAUGGGGUGGAAAGGAUAGUGUUUUUGAACACGAGUGUUUUAAUACAGUACUGGUACUAUAAGGUAGCCCCAGUCUUGCUGGAGGGAAAUCGUUUUUUUUUUGUGGCGUGCCUUCUAAUGAUGACCAUGUGUUUCUCCAUUCUUUACCACAAUGAUGCCUUUCUUCUCCCAAAAACUCUUUCUAGUGUUUUCUCUGGCUUAUUUCGGGCACCCCAAACUUGAAUGCAGCUAUUUCUAAAUUGGCAAUAACUGCCCCUGAGGCAGAGUUGUUUAAUUCUGGGCCAGCUUUGAGAACAUAAUACCAAUUUAAUCAUUCUGUCUUAAAUGACAUCAUGUACUGUAGUUAGUGGAGUUUUCAUUAUAGGAGAAUGCUUUGGGUUUGGAGCCCCGCUGUUUGUCUGGGGCCACAGGCACUGUGUGGCUGUCCCUCUGAAACAGGCCUGCUCGCCAGCCCUCUCUCUAACACAUACACAGACACACCCAUGGUCCCAGACAACGGACACACACACUUGUUUUUCUAUUCUCGUGGGGACCUAAAAUGUAUUUCCAUUCAAAAUCCUAUUUUCUCUAAACCUUACCCUAACCUUAACCCCUAAGCUUAAAAUAGCCUUUGUCCUCAUGGGGACGUGGGAAAUGUCCCCACGAGGAUAGAAUAAUAUAAGACCACACCCCCCUACUGUAACCGCAGUACGUUGCUCUGAAGAUAUUCCUCAAAGGCAGAUUGGCUAGCGCUCUGACAGCUAAUGAGGACGUUAAAGUGUUUUUACGGCCGCAGUGUUUAUACUUGACUGGGGAAAUGUUUUCCCUAGGUCCACAUUAAACCACUAAAACCUCCCCAAAUGAGACACAGGGCUACACAGAGCUGCAUAGUUUAUGAGCUCUUCAGUCGCUCACGAAAUGGGAGAGCGAGAGACAGGGAAAGUACUCUUAAGGCUGAGGAUGACGAUGUGGUCAAAUGGCUCCUCUGUCUUCUUGAUUCACUAAACAGCCCAGUCUGACAUGUAGAUCAUUUACAGUUGCUUCUCUUUAACUGCUGCAAUAUUCUUUCCUUGUUCUUAGUUCUGUUUAUUUCCUUCCUUCUACAGUUUGAAAAAUUCCCAACAAAAGUUGACCCCUUCUACAGACACAGCGUGAGUUUCUCUAUGUGUUUGUGGGGCAGUUUGUGCAUUCAGUAUGUGCCUCUCCAUCCAUCUACUCAUGCUAUAUCAUGUUGUAGUUCUGUGUGUAUUUGUACAGUAGCUUCCAUGCCUCCACCUCUGCUUCUGCUCUGAGAGAAUACAUUUUUGUCUUACCCAUCACAACGUGUCUGUCUGCUAACACAACUGUCUGCUUGCUCAUUCAUUCACUACUGUACCAUUCACACAAUGGAACCUGGCUGAAUCAUUGCAACCCCCUUCCUACUCAACUGAAUAGAACCAAUUCUCAAUUGAGUUCAAUGGCUGUACCAAGUGUGUGGUGUGUGUGUGUAUGGUGUGUGUGUAUGGUGUGUGUGUAUGGUGUGUGUGUGUGUGUGUGUGUGUGUGUGUGUGUGUAUGUGUGUGUAUGGUGUGUGUGUAUGGUGUGUGUGUGUGUAUGCCGCUAAAUGCCUUUGUCUCCACCACACUUGACCUCUGCCUUCAAUUACUGCUCUACUAUUCAGAGGCAUUCAACUGUUGUGCAUGUUGUGAAUCAGAGUAGCAAUUACAUGUUAGUCAGAGUUUGGUCUUAAUUCAUCUCACUGCUAUCACCACCGUUAGGAGGGGUAACCCCUAUUUAAAAUGAGUUCAGUAAUGUGGAAGUGUAUUAUGUAAGCCUCAACAGACAGACACCCAUUGUGAUUGUGUAGUAGGAUUCUUUCUGCUGAGAGAGUUCAGUUUUACUCUCAACACUAGCUAAGACUAGCUAAUAACUGUUGAUUUGUUUUAGUGGCUAACAAGUAAUUCAUAGGCUAUUACUGUGUAAUUUCCAUGUUAAUGCUUAGUAAAUCCCUGGUGAUUUCAGUAGCAAAGUGUGACUGUUUUAGUUUUGUUUAACUCUUUGAGGUACUAAGGACAGUGAGUUGUAGCUACCUGACCGACAGCGGUCUGGAUGUUGAUCCCUAGUGAUGGUGGGUUUGUUGUGACAUCAUCAUGUCUGUCAUGUUGUUCCCUGUACCCUGUCAUGUCAUCAUGGCCCCACUCUCCUUAAUCUCAGUGUUCAUACAGCUGCUGUCCCCUGAACAACACAACACAACACCACACCCAUCCUCACUCCUCUCUCUGUUCCCUCUCUUCUUUUCUCAGCUGUUCCACUCCUACCCCCCGGGCGUGUCCGGCAUUCCUCCGGUGAUCCCUCCGACCGGGCCAUUCGGCUCGCUGCAGGGGGCCUUCCAGCCCAAGGUAGGGGCCACAGGCCAACACCACACACACAUACAUACAUACAUACAUACAUACAUACACAAACACACACACAGGGAGUGAACAUGACAAACACAUCUUCAUUGUAGAGGGUGCUCUCUGAAGACCAACACACAGCUAAACAUACUUUAUCAGAAUAGGGACUGGACUGUGCAUGUACACACUAAAGACUUAGUGUAAGAGGUGUGCCAGUAACUGAAGGUGCUGGUUCUACUCCCGGCGACUAGGUGAACGCUCUGUCUGUGCCCUAGCAAGGACUACCCUCAUGCUCAUGUAAGUUCUGGAUAGAGGUCUGCUAAAGACAAACAAAUGGUAACUCUCAAUAAAUGAGACUGGUCCAUACCUCCUCCCAAUAGCCUCUAUGUCUGCCUUCACAGACUGGAGUGGCCUCAAGACUGGAGCAGUCACACACUCUUACAGACGGACACCAGGUGUAAGCACCCUAGCAUGAGCCACACUGCAAGUUGCUAAUUAGGAACGCCUGAGAGACAUGAAAGUAACUGAGCCAUCUCUCCCUCUCUCAAUCCCUACCCUUCUCUCUCUCGCUCGCUCGCUCUCUCUCUCUCUCUCUCUCUCUCUCUCUUCUCUCUCUCUCGCUCUCUCGCUCUCUCUCUCUCUCCUCUAGCUAACGGAUCCAUUUCGGCCCAUUCUCAGGGUAAGAAUGCUUUAGUUCUCUCUCCCCUAAAAGAAAACUAAAAAGAAACGUCCCAUAAUGUGUACACAGUCCUUGAGAAUCCUGCCUUUGAGGUUAACCAUAUCGUCUUCUUUUGCAUUUGUCAAGAAACCGGGGAAGUGGUGUGCCAUGCAUGUCCAUAUGGCUUGGCAGAUCUACCACCACCAGCAGAAAGUCAAGGUGAGACCUAAACCUUUGCACUUCCUUACACUCACAGACUGUAGAGAAACAUUGUCUGUUGUGCUUCAUUAUAGUGUGGUUCUCUAAACCCCAAUGUUUUAUCAUCUAAGCCCCAAGCUAGUUAAAUUAGUAGUAUAAUCCAGCUUCCCUCCUGGAGAGAGACAGUAUUGAGAGAGAGAUUAUUAUAAGAGGACUGCCAUCUUGUGGUACCUUCAGUGGUGUACUGGGGGGUAAAUGCCGUUUACACACCUUUUUAUUUGCAUGAGCGUUAACCCACCUUUUGCAGAAAUGCAAUGAAAGUAUAGGAAAUGUUACUUUACUCACUGCGAACAGCUUCAUGCCUUAGCUCUCAGAUAACCAACAAAAGUGAACCCCUUCUACAGUCUGUAUGCAUGCUGCUGCUGUGUUGGCGAUGGGUUUUUCAUGUGCUGUUUCUCCCUGUCUGGCGUCUUCUAGCAGCAGAUGCAGGUCGACCCACACAAGCUGGACUUUGGACUCAAGCCGGAGUUCCUGAGUCGACCCCCCGGCCCCAGCCUCUUUGGCACGAUGCACCACCCCCACGACUUAGCACGUCCCGCCACGCUCUUCUCAGCAGCAGGUGAGUGCGGGUUGGUUAGUGUCCUGGGUAGAGGUAGAUUGUCACCAUAGAAAUUGGAUUACCAGAAGGGACAAAGCCCUUCAGACCAGGACAAUUUGACUGGAACACUCAUGGGUCAUUCUAUUUCUAUGAUUGACACAAUAUCUCCAGGACCUCCUCUCCACACAGAGCUAGAUCAAUCCCACUUGCCCCAUAGAGAGGUCCAUUUUUAACAUGGAGGCAGAGAUCAAUGCUCUUGCCUCUAAAAAGGGACGCAUCCUGCUUAUCUUUACUAUAUUGUAUCUCAGUUCAAAAUCAUUAGGGAAGCUAUGAUGCUACAAUAAAAUAUUUGAGCUACAUUACACAUUUCUUUUUUAUAUAAUGAAGAUGUCUUACAUCAACUCUUUCUCUUUCCCAUGUCAGGUUCUACACACCCGUCAGCCGGCCCGUUCGGCCACCCGUCCCACCACCCUGGCAACUUCCUCACCCCUGCACCUCACUUAGGUAAGAGGCAGCACACACAGUGCACCUAGUCAAGUCAAACUUGAUUUAAAGAGAUACAAACAUAAAAAAAGUAGCAUUUCAACUGAUCUUGAGGGUGUAUGGAGCACUGACAAGUACAGUAUGUCUGUGUCAGAAGCUGGUUGACCCAGUAAAGGAGCAAUGUAGAGAGGGUGCUGACUGUGUGUUUGCUCUCUCUCUCUCUCUCUCUCUCUCUCUCUCUCUCUCUCUCUCUCUCACUCUCACUCACUCACUCACUCACUCACUCACUCAGAGCCAUUCAGUAGGUCUCCUUCGUUUGGAGGACUCGCCUCUCUCAGCACUGCAGCCUUCGGUGGGCUUGGAAACCCAGCACUAAGUGAGUUUCAUCUCCAUGACAACUAUGUAUAUGUGUAUUUGACAACCAAACAUUUUGAUUUCCUCUUAGAUUAUGAAAAUGAAUGUUGCAUGGGGUAUUCAUGGAAUUCUAACGUUAGAGUUGACCGACCGCCACACCGGGGAGAUAUGCCUUUUAACUUGCGUUUUGGUAUUUUCUUCUUUCCAUGUGUUGAAUCCCUAACAGCGCCCAACUCUGUGUUUGGCCAUAAAGACAACCCCAAUGCACAGCAGCACUUCAGCAACAACCACGAGCCAUGGAACCGGCUGCACCGCACACCGCCCUCCUUCCCCACCCCUCCACCCUGGCUCAAACCUGGCGACUCGGAGAGGAGUGCCUCAGUCAGCUCCCACGAGAGAGACCGAGACUCAGACAAGCGAGACACAUCCUCCGUCAACAAGGACGACAAGGAGAGGUGGGUGUUAUGAAGUGACAAACUCUGAAUGUACCCUAAAGUUAUACAACUGACAAACACUGAAAUAGUGAUACAAAUUUAAAUUGGACUUUAAAGCCCAUUGUUGUGUGUGUCCAUCCAGGGAAGCCAUGGAGAAGCGUCACCAGACCCAUCCGUCCCCGGUCCCCAUCAACCCCAUCAGCCUGUUGGGUCACAGCCGUCCCCCAGAGCCCCCCAGGAACCACCUGCACCCCAGCGAACCGCUCAGGGAUAAGGACAAGCCCAAAGACCGAGACAGGGACAGGGAGCACCCAAACUCCUGGAAGGACAAUGGCACAGACGAGCACAAGCUCAAAGAGAAUCACCACGGCGACAAGGACACAACGCCAAUCAUCAUCGACGGGCGGGUGUCUGAGGAUAAGGCCAACGGCAGAGGGACGACCUCACCCUACAUCCGCCAGACCAGCCUGGACCGGCCCAACGGGGGCCUGGGGAGGGGGGAGAGGGAGGCCCUGAUGGAGAAGAAGGGAGAGUUGCCCUCUCCCUACGAGCACCACAAGAAGAAGAACAACAACGAGGUGAAGGUAAAGGAGGAAAGGAAAGAGGAGCAAGACAGCCCUACGGACAGGGACAGACCCCCCUCUCACCCACACCCUCACCUCCACCCACACCCACCCCAGGUUCCCCCCACGCCCAGCUUCCACACCCACCCCCACCCCCCCUCCUCCAUGGCGAUGCCCAUGGGCAUGGCGGGCAUCCACCCCAUGAACAGCAUCAGCGGCCUGGAGAGGACUCGAAUGGUAGCCCCCUUCAUGGGCAUUAGCCCCAUCCCAGGGGCAGAGAGGUUCCCCUACCCAGCCUUCCACUGGGACCCCAUGAGGGACCCAUACAGGGGCCUGGAUAUCCACAGACGGGACCCUCUGACUAGGGAACUGCUGCUGAGGAAUGACCCCCUGCACCGGCUGGCCGGGCAGCGCCUCUAUGAGGCAGAACGCUCCUACAGGGAACGAGAGGCUCAUGACUUUAACCGCGACCACCACCACCCUCUAGCCCUGGAGCAGCGCCGGGAGCAGGAGGCCCGGGCCCACCUGGAGGAGCGCGAGCGCCUGCACAUGCUCAGAGAGGACUACGAGCACGGCCGCCUGCACGUUGCCAUGCACCACCCGGCCCUGGAAGGCCACCUGCCACACCCCCACCCCGGCCUCAUGGCCCCCGGAUUACCCAGCAUGCACUACUCCAGGGUCAGCCCCUCGGCCGCCGCUGCAGCAUACGCCGCCCACGCUGCCGCAGCCGCAGCCCACCAGAACGGUAUCCUGAACAAAACACCACCCACGGCCUCCCUGAGCGCCCCGCCCCCCCUCAUCCCCACGCUGAGUGCCAGGCCGGGCUCCCCCAGACGGACUAUGCCCCUCACCACAGACAUCAGAGACAGACCGUCAGCCCACAACCACAAAGACAUAGAGGCACGGUGA